AUGAGAGGUUAUGAGUCGAGUCGUACGAUGGAGCUGAACUCGUCGUACGAGCUUUCGGACUUCGAUCUGGGUAACUGCAGCUACACGGAGGCGUGGGUUUGGGUCGCGUCCCUCCAGCCGGUGUGGUUGUGGCUGAUCAGCGUCUCUGGGCUGCUGGGUAACGGCCUGGUGCUCUGCGUCUUCUGCCUGCAGAGGAAGUCCGGCUCGGUGGCCGACGUGUACCUGGGCAGCCUGGCGCUGGCCGACCUGGUGAUGGUGCUGUGCCUGCCGUUCUGGGCGGUGACGGUCGCCCGGGGUUACCGCUGGAGCUUCGGCCGGCCGGCGUGUAAGCUGAUCAACACGGCCAUCUCCAUGAACUACUUCUGCAGCGUCCUCUUCCUGCUGCUGGUCAGCGUGGAUCGGUACCUAGCGCUCGCCCGGCCGCUGAGUCGUAGCCGUCUGAGGCGCGCGUCCUGGGCUAGACGGAUCUGCGCCGGCGUCUGGGCGCUCGGCUUUUUGCUCAGCGUUCCGUCCCUGCUGUUCCGCGACGUGCGCUACGUUCCUGGACUGGACGUCAACGCUUGCUACCUGAGCUACCCUCAUCCCAGCUGGGUGCUCCAGAGGAACCUGAGCAGCAACGUGAUUGGAUUCGCCAUCCCGCUACCCAUAAUCCUGUUCUGCACGCAUCACAUGGUGCGAGCGCUUAAAGACGGCGGGUUAGCGCUCGUCCCCGGGGCGCGGAAGGAAAGAAGAGCUACUCGCCUGGUGCUAACCGUGCUGGCGGUGUUCCUGCUCUGCUGGACGCCGUAUCAGGUGGUGCGCUUCCUGGACACGCUGGACUAUCUGGGCAUGACCCCCGGCGGGUGCUUAUUCGGACACGCCCUGGACAUUAGCACGCAGCUGGCCACCUACUUAGCGUACGCUAACAGCUCCAUUAACCCGUUUCUGUACGUCGUGGUCGGGAAGCACUUCAGGAGACGAGCUAAAGAGGUGUUCAGGAGACUCGCCAACCGUGGUCGCAAGGACGCCGCCGCUAAUGUCACGCUGGCCAGCAGGUGCAGCGAAAGCUGCAAAGACUCAUGGGUAAUCGACAGAAACCCGGCGGCUAAACAGAUUUUACCGGCGCAACUGAGCGGCUACCGUUAA